AUGAAACUCAUCCUCAUUCUCCUUGCUUCAAUCUAUACCGCUUCUUGUGAGUUUGAUAUGAAUAAACUAACUGCAACCAAUGUUUGGAACAAUGUUUUGGCAAAAAUUGUGGAAGAAAAUUCGGAUGUUGACGAAGUUUUCGUUUCCAACUUCAAUUAUACUAUCUGCAAUGGAAAAACAUUCGAUAGAAGUUAUUUUGUCAAAAAAGCUAAAGAUGAGUACACCGAUUUGAAAGUUGAUAUAGCUCAUGAACUUGACUGCGCAACUAUCAGAUGUGAUGGUGAUACUGAUAUUCUUCAAUUUGUUGUGACUGGAGCCAAAGGAACACUAACAGUUAGAGCAAAUAAAUUUGGUCACAAAUUGCGAACGAUUGAAUGCAAAAAGCCUUAA